CUUCGGGCGCCAUCAGUCGCUCUUUUGACCUUUGUGUAUAGCGCUUCUCGUCGUUCUUUUGAAGUCCAGUUUUUACAUUAUUGCUUUGAUACUCUUGUCUUUAUCGUGUACUUAUUGCUAUCCUUAAUGGUCGGGUCAAUAUUGUUGGAACGCCGCGACGUUUUCACAUAUUCCAGUUCAUGAACCGAGUCGACAUCUCAGCAUGUCGUCCGGCGCUGAACAAAGGACAACUGCUUCAAAACCCAGAACCGUCUCGCCCUUCGAAAACGCACCCAUCCUACCGCCCCCUUCCUCGCGCACCACCUCGCCACGCCGCCGGCCUCUCCACGAACGAUCCAAUUCACGGAGCAACCAGAUUCCUGCCCCAACCAUCCGCGUUGUCGAAGACGCUGAGGAGCCCAGCAGCGAUAUCUACUCAAAAUCUCCAUUUCCCAGCCGGCCCUCUCAGAUACUCCCACCGCGCAAGAGACCAGGGUAUGCGUUCGAGGGCAGGGGGGCUCGUGUCUCAGAUUCGACUUUUGUCGCCCAUGCGGUCGCAAAGAUUGAAGCAAACAAUGCACUGGUUCCCAAGCCCUUGCAGCCCAAGAAGGGACCCAGACAAUCCACCUCGACUAACAAUUCAGAUACGGACACUGUCGUCGGGGUCCCUUUCUCUCCCUCCUUCUCGCCGUCGUCCAGUCGCUUCUCGCAGGUCAGCACCGCUCCGUCAUCCGUCUUCCCGGAGGAGACUGGAUUGGAAAUCCUUCAAGAGGAAGCAUCUCCGCCUCGCCAGUCGACUAUCCGCGCGGUACCUCCCUCGACUUCUUCUAGUGACGAACCCUCUGAUGGCCACGCGCUAACCCCGAGGGCGUCUGCCAUAUCGUUUGCGUCGACCGCAUCGUCCGACUCCCUUCCGCAUCCUGAGGAUCAUCGUGAGCCAGACUCCUUCGAUAAGGCGUCACCCGCAUCGCAAGAUCGAGAAGAUACUCCGUCGUCAGGAUCCGACACCUCGAAGCAGGCUUCAUCAUCUCCGAACGUAGAGGUCCACCGGCCCGUACCCAGAGCGUCAUCCGAGUCGAUCCAAUUCUCAGAUUCUUCCUAUACGAGCGAACGUCCCCGAUCGUCUUCGCAACCGGCCCCGUCCAUUCAUGCCGCACGUCACGUCAUCCUCGAUAACGGAGUUCGGCUUUCCUACCCCGUCGUUCGGCCGCCUUCGGUCAGUGGCUUAUGGGCUGAAUCCCGUCCGCUACCGAAGAAUCCAUCCCGAAUGAACCCUCGCACCUCGGUGAUCAACCAGUGGAGCUCGCAGCUUUCGACAAUCCCUUCAGAGUCCGAGCGAGCUUCUCGGUCGAUAGAGCGGCAGUCGCAGUCUAUAGACGAACGGUCACAUUCCACGGGCGGUUUCGCACAGGAUGGGCGUAGCAACGUUCCGCGACGGCGGCAGACCAUCAGCAGCAUCUCGUCGUCUGACAAUGACAACGGCUCCUCGCACAAUUCAAACAAGACCGAGUCCUCGGCGGUUGUUCCCUUGCCGCUAUUUUCCCCCAUAACCAAACAACCCUCUGAAGAGAGAACGUCAGAUGAGCUCCAAGAUACUAUAGCGCCGUUGCAAUCGCCGCCCCUCAGGACGAAGAGAUCUUUCCUGAAGAGACGGGACAGUGACUCUCGCUCAAGUUCAUCCCGGCCGAGCUCUGCUCAGUCAGACUUCUCCACCUUCAUUGCCAACAAUAUCCCCGCGUGGGCAAGGGUGUACUAUCAGCGUGGGGAAAACAUCCCCGCUUCCUACACCGAAUCCACCGAUAGUUUGCGCCUCCCAACCUCCAAUAGCGGCCGGACAAACACCCCUUCAGAGACGCACUUUCCGAUGAACAUCUAUCGGCCGCGCAACCGUCCGCACCAGCGCAUCUCUCAACCCGACUCGAUAUCGAUUUCGGAAGCCCCUGAGGAGCAACAGCGCUAUGCCGUUGGGCCUCCGCGGCGACCAAUGUCUGAAAUCUUUACUCCACGGCUUCAGAAGGAUCGGAGAAGCACUGCACGUUUAAGCGCAUGGAAAGCACCCUCGCUUGAUGAGUCUCUGGGAACAUUGUUCUUCAGCCGUCAAAAUAGGCAGAUACUCCUCUUUUGCUUGGGGUUUCUCUUCCCCUUUGCAUGGAUGAUAGCGGCCUUCCUCCCCCUACCCCCUGAUCCCUUAUCCACUGUCGAGGCCACACCCAGCCAGCUGGAGCUUGAGCGCCAGCUCACCAAGCUUGUAGAGGAUCGAUCAUAUCAAAAGGCCAUGUGGUGGCGUAAUCUCAACCGCAUAAUGGCUGCAGUCGGGACACUCCUCAUAGGAGUGAUUAUCGCUCUAGCCAUUCUUGCAUCGAGGAUGUCCUAGCUCGGGACAUACCUUCCAUCUAUAUUAUCGCAGCCACAAUGAUAUCCUGUCUACUACAUCAAACAUUUUUCUCGACCUGACGCC